CGUAUAAAAGCUGCUGCAGGUUGGAGGGGUUCUCACACUGUGUCUGUCUGACAGUGCCCUGAGCAUCUGACAGGGACCGUCUGCACUCACUCACCCACUCACACACUCACUCUCACUCACUCACUCACUCACUCCAAAAGGCAUCGACUGCAUCAACAGAGAGGAAGUUGAUGACAAGCGACGGUCUCUCUGCUGCACUUGGUGGAGUGUUCCGAUAACAUGCCGAGUUUCUGGACACAGCUGGGGCUUCUGCUGUGGAAGAAUUUCACCUACAGAAGGAGACAAACAUUUCAACUGUUGAUAGAACUUGCGUGGCCUCUCUUCCUAUUCUUCAUCCUGAUUUCAGUACGACGAUCCUACCCUCCUUAUGAGCAACAUGAAUGCCAUUUUCCAAACAAGGCGAUGCCUUCUGCUGGGACUCUGCCAUGGAUACAGGGCAUUAUCUGUAAUGCAAACAACCCGUGUUUCCGCUAUCCGACACCUGGUGAAUCCCCUGGAGUGGUUGGGAACUUUGACAAAUCAAUCCUCUCCCGAGUCUUUUAUGAUGUCAAGAAGAUGCUUCUGUACAGCCAGAAAGAUGGGAGUGUGGGAGCCUUCCAGAAACUGUUUGAAGUACUGAAAAGAUUCAGCAACUCUAGCUCAGAUUUCAGACUCCAAGAUUUUCUCAUUGACAAUGAGACCCUUUCGGAGUUUCUCUAUGAUAACAUGGCACUUGACCACUACAAAGUGAGUGAGAUCAUGGAUGCUGGUGUGAAUUUUGAAGAGGUUAUCACCGCUGGGCGAGGGUUACAGCUGAAGGACCUUUGCAAUGGCACAAAGCUGGAGGAUUUUGUUAUCAUUGGAAACCACUCGGUGGCUGACUACAUUCAGAACCUUAUCUGCACGUUGUCUGAGAACGAGCUGAAAAAAGUUGAGCAAGCAUUUUAUUUGAACCUGGAUUUUCUAAAGAUAGCAGAAACUGCAAUGAAGACAAAUCCUCAGUCAGCAUUGGAGGUAACUGAGGCCACGAGGAAUGUAUUCCAGAAUCUCAUAAAGCUUGCUGAAGAGCUGACAUCAGUGAAGAGCUGGAGUGACAUGAGAAGAGAGGUGUUGCUGUUGUCACACAAGAACAUGACAGGGUCACCGCAGGAGCUGUAUCAGGCCGUAUCCAGGAUUGUGUGCGGACACCCCGAAGGUGGGGGGUUGAAAAUUAAGUCUCUGAACUGGUACGAAGACAAUAACUACAAAUACCUUUUGGGUGAGAACAACACGGAUGAGGAGCCUACUCCACAGUAUGACAAUGCUACAACACCAUACUGCAAUGACUUGAUGAAAAAUUUAGAAUCAAAUCCCAUUUCAAGAAUGAUUUGGAGGGCAAUGAAACCUUUGCUGGUUGGAAAAGUUCUAUACACUCCUGAUACUCCUGUAACUCGGCGGAUCAUAAAAGAGGUUAACAAGACCUUUCAGGAACUGAGUGUCUUCCAAGAGGUCGGAGUGAUGUGGGACGAUAUUGGGCCAAAGGUCUGGAAAUUUAUGGAAAGAAGCCAGGAGAUGGACCUAAUCCGGAGUUUGUUAACAAAGCCAACCACAUCAACAUAUUUGAGCUAUAGACUAGCUGGAACUUCCUGGACGGCAUCUGAUAUUUAUAACUUCCUUGUUAAAUAUCCAGAGGAUGCUCAAUAUUCAAAUGGUUCGGCCUACACCUGGAGGGAAGCUUACAACGAGACAGAUCAAGCGAUUCAAUCAUUAUCACGUGCUAUGGAGUGCAUAAAUUGGGAUAAGUUGGAGGCUGUGUCCACCGAAGAAAAGCUCAUUAAUAAAUCCAUGGAGCUGCUGGACGAAAGGAAAUUCUGGGCUGGAAUUGUCUUCAUGGAUGUUGAUUCCAAUGGGACAGAGCCAUCAGAGCAUGUCAAGUACAAGAUUCGGAUGGAUAUAGACAACGUGGAGAGAACAAACAAGAUAAUGGAUGGGUACUGGGACCCUGGUCCUCGGGCCGAUCCAUUUGAAGACCUGCGCUAUAUAUGGGGAGGUUUUGCCUAUUUGCAAGAUAUUGUAGAACAUGCAAUUAUUCGCACUGUGACGGGCAGCAGGAAGAAUACAGGAGUGUAUGUUCAGCAGAUGCCAUACCCUUGCUACGUAGAUGAUUUAUUUCUUCGCGUCCUGAGCCAGUCUCUGCCUCUGUUUACAACUUUAGCCUGGAUAUACUCUGUUGCCGUGAUAAUCAAAGGGGUAGUAUAUGAGAAGGAAGCACGGCUGAAGGAGACCAUGCGAAUCAUGGGACUGAACAGUGGCACCCUGUGGCUUGGCUGGUUUAUUAGCAGCUUAAUCCCUCUCUUGAUCAGUGCUGCCUUGCUGGUGAUAAUUCUAAAGGAAGGAAAUAUCUUGCCCUACAGUAACCCUCUGGCCAUCUUCACUUUCUUGGCCACGUUUGGCAUGGUGACCAUCUUGCAGUGCUUUCUGAUCAGCACUUUGUUCUCAAAAGCCAACUUGGCAGCGGCCUGUGGAGGAAUUAUCUACUUCACUCUCUAUCUUCCUUACGUGUUGUGUAUGGCCUGGCAGGAGUACAUCACCUAUCCAGUCAAAAUCUUUGCUAGCCUGCUGUCUCCAGUUGCCUUCGGCUUUGGCUUUGACUACUUUUCACUGUACGAGGAACAAGGGGUUGGAGUCCAGUGGCACAACUUGUUCUCUAGCCCAGCGAAAGGCGACGAGUACAACAUCACCACCUCCAUCGUCCUCAUGGUUUUCGAUGCCGUCCUCUAUGGAAUUCUAACCUGGUACAUUGAAGCAGUCUUCCCAGGUCAAUUUGGCAUUCCUAGACCAUGGUAUUUUCCUGUCACAAAAUCCUACUGGUGUGGAGAGACAGUUAAAAAUAUGAAACAGCUGCAAUGCAAGCAAAAUGGGACGUCGCAGAUCUAUAUGGAAGAGGAGCCCACUCACCUUAAGCUUGGUGUAUCCAUUCAAAACCUGGUCAAAGUUUAUCGUGAUGGCAAAAAGUUAGCAGUGGACGGGCUGACCCUUGGCUUCUACGAAGGACAGAUUACAUCUUUCCUGGGACACAACGGUGCUGGCAAAACAACCACUAUGUCAAUCCUGACAGGGUUAUUCCCACCCACCGCUGGCACUGCCUACAUUCUGGGUAAAGAUAUCCGUUCAGAACUCAACUCCAUUCGCCGAAACCUGGGCAUGUGCCCACAGCACAAUGUCCUCUUUGAUCUGCUUACUGUGGAGGAGCAUGUGUGGUUCUACGCAAGGUUAAAGGGACUGUCAGAGAAAGAGGUCAAGGCCGAAGUGGAACAGAUGGUUGUGGAUGUGGGGCUGCCAAACAAACGCAAAGAGACAACCCGUAAACUUUCAGGUGGAAUGCAACGCAAGCUCUCAGUGGCUCUCGCCUUCGUUGGUGGGUCAAAAGUUAUCAUCUUAGACGAACCUACUGCCGGGGUCGACCCUUACUCCCGCCGAGGAAUAUGGGAUCUGCUUCUGAAGUAUCGAGAAGGUCGGACUAUCAUCCUUUCUACUCAUCAUAUGGACGAAGCAGAUAUCCUGGGAGACCGAAUUGCCAUUAUAUCCAAUGGCAAGCUCUGCUGUUGCGGAUCAUCCUUGUUUCUAAAGAACCAGCUGGGAACAGGCUACUAUCUGACCCUGGUCAAAAAGGAUGUGGAACCAUCCCUUAGUUCCUGCAGAAACAGCAGCAGUACUGUGUCCUGCCUGAAAAAGGAGGACAGUGUUUCCCAGAGCAGUUCUGAUGCUGGGCUUGGGAGCGACCAGGAGAGUGACACUAUGACAAUUGAUGUUUCAGCCAUUUCUAACCUCAUCCUGAAGCACGUCCCGAAGACUCGCUUAGUGGAAGAUUUUGGCCAUGAGCUGACAUAUGUUUUACCUUAUGAGGCUGCUAAAGACGGAGCUUUUGUGGAACUUUUCCAUGAAAUAGAUGACAGGCUCUCCGAUCUCGGGAUUUCCAGUUAUGGCAUCUCUGACACAACGCUGGAAGAAAUAUUCCUCAAGGUUGCUGAAGAUAACGGAGUGGAUGCUGAAACCUCAGAUGGAACUUUACUAGCUUGCCACAACAGGAGAUCGAGAUUUGGGGAAAGGCAGAGCUGCCUUAAGCCAUUUACAGAUGAUGAUGUCACUGACAUGAAUGAGUCUGAUGGAGAUCCAGAAUCUCGUGAAACUGACCUCCUGAGUGGGAUGGAUGGGAAAGGUUCUUACCAAGUCCAGGGUUGGAAGCUCAUUCGACAGCAGUUUGUGGCAUUGUUCUGGAAGAGACUGAUUUAUGCCAAACGGAGCAGGAAAGGAAUCUUUGCUCAGAUUGUCUUGCCUGCCGUGUUUGUGUGCAUAGCCCUGGUGUUCAGCCUGAUCGUGCCUCCCUUUGGUAAAUACCCCAACUUGGAGCUACAGCCAUGGAUGUAUGAUGAGCAGUACACAUUCAUUAGUAAUGACGCCCCUGGAGACGCAAACACAGAAGAAGUACUUAAUUCUCUUGUUAACAAUAAUCCAGGAUUUGGGACUCGCUGCAUGAAAGGAAACCCUAUACCGGACACUCCCUGCGAAUUUGGAGCUGAAGAGUGGGAGACACCCGAUGUACCAGAUUUUGUCAUGGACAUCUUUCUCUACGGAAACUGGUCAAUGGAGAACCCAUCGCCGCCCUGUCAGUGCAGCAACGACAAUGUGAAGAAGAUGCUCCCAGAUUGCCCUCCAGCUGCUGGCGGCCUGCCACCUCCUCAGAUGAAAAGAAAUUCCACUGAAAUCCUCCAGAACCUUUCGAACAGGAACAUAUCAGAUUACCUUGUGAAAACCUACGCGCAAAUUAUCGGAAAAGGCUUGAAGAACAAACUCUGGGUGAAUGAGUUCAGGUAUGGAGGCUUUUCACUGGGUGGGCGCAAUUCUCAAAUUCAAUCAAGUGGGGAAGAAAUUGGUGACGCCAUACUGAAACUGAAUAAGAUGCUCGGCAUGACGCAGGGUGCAUCUGGAGAACGAUUCCUGAAAAGUAUCUCAAAGUUUAUGAUAGGACUACACACAAAGGAUAAUGUGAAGGUUUGGUUUAACAACAAAGGCUGGCAUGCCAUAGGAGCCUUUCUGAAUGUCAUGAACAAUGCUAUUCUGCGUGCAAGUCUACCAGAGGGAAAAGACCCCAGUGUGUAUGGGAUCACAGCCUACAAUCAUCCACUCAAUUUGACCAAAGAGCAAAUCUCCGAGGUAGCACUGAUGACAACUUCAGUGGACGUUCUGGUCUCCAUCUGUGUGAUCUUUGCCAUGUCCUUUGUGCCAGCAAGCGUUGUGGUUUUCCUGAUUCAGGAGCGGGUCACCAAGGCCAAACACAUGCAGUUCAUCAGUGGGGUGAAGCCAGGUGUCUACUGGUUGGCAAACUAUGUAUGGGAUAUGUGCAACUAUGUGGUUCCGGCUACACUUGUCAUCAUUAUUUUCGUCUGUUUCCAACAAAAAUCCUAUGUGUCUUCUUCCAAUUUGCCCGUGCUUGCUCUGCUUCUCUUCCUCUAUGGGUGGUCCAUCACUCCAUUGAUGUAUCCGGCAUCAUUUGUUUUCCGAAUCCCCAGCACAGCCUAUGUGAUAUUGACCAGUGUGAAUCUGUUCAUCGGUAUAAACGGCAGCAUUGCCACCUUUGUACUGGAGCUGUUCAGCAAUAAUAAGCUAAACAGCAUCAAUGAAAUUCUGAAGUCAGUGUUUCUGAUCUUCCCCCACUUCUGCCUGGGCCGAGGACUGAUCGAUAUGGUGAAGAAUCAGGCCAUGGCAGAUGCCCUGGAAAGAUUUGGUGAGAAUCGUUUUGUUUCACCUCUUUCCUGGGACCUGGUUGGAAGGAACCUGUUUGCUAUGGCUGUGGAAGGAGUUGUUUUCUUCUUCAUCACCGUAUUGAUCCAGUACAAAUUCUUCAUAAAACCCAGACCCUCGAAUGUAAAGCUGCCACAGCUGACUGAUGAAGAUGAAGAUGUGGCCAGAGAAAGGCAGAGAAUAAUAAGUGGAGGCGGCCAGAACGACAUUCUAGAGCUGAAAGGUCUGACCAAGGUUUACAGGAUGAAGCGGAAGCCUGCAGUAGACAGAGUCUGUGUUGGGAUACCCCCUGGAGAGUGUUUUGGGCUACUGGGUGUGAACGGUGCUGGGAAAACUACAACAUUCAAGAUGUUGACGGGUGACUGUGAGGUCACGGGGGGAGAAGCCUUCCUCAACAACCACAGCAUUUUAUCCAACAUACAAGAAGUUCAUCAGGACAUGGGUUACUGCCCUCAGUUUGAUGCUGUCAAUGAAUUGCUGACUGGGCGUGAGCACCUGGAGUUCUAUGCACUGUUACGCGGAGUUCCUGAAAGAGAAGUUUGCAAGAUUGCUGAAUGGGGAAUCCGAAAGCUGGGAAUUGUCCGAUAUGCAGAUAAGAAGGCUGGCAAUUACAGCGGAGGGAACAGACGUAAACUCUCCACUGCUUUGGCACUAAUAGGAGGGCCUCCUGUGAUAUUUCUGGAUGAACCGACAACAGGAAUGGACCCAAAGGCUCGGAGAUUUCUAUGGAACUCUAUCCUUAGUAUCAUUAAAGAAGGCCGAUCGGUGGUACUGACAUCACACAGCAUGGAGGAAUGUGAGGCUCUGUGCACUCGGAUGGCAAUAAUGGUGAAUGGCAGGUUCCGAUGCCUGGGCAGCGCUCAGCAUCUGAAGAACAGGUUUGGAGAUGGAUAUACGAUAAUUGUGCGGGUGGGUGGUCCAAGUCCAGACCUGAAUCCCAUGCUGGAAUUCUUCAAACGCAAGUUUCCUGGCAGCGUACUGAAGGAGAGACAUCGUAGUAUGCUCCAGUACCAGCUGCCUUCCUAUCAAUCCUCAUUGUCGAGGAUCUUCAACAUUCUCUCCAGUCACAGGGAGAAGUUUCAAAUCGAGGACUACUCUGUUUCACAAACCACACUCGACCAAGUAUUUGUAAACUUUGCCAAGGACCAAAGUGAUGAUGAUCUCUCAAAGGACGUUUCUAUGCACAGGAAUGAAACUGUGUUAAAUGUUGCACUCCUCAAUACCUUUUUGCAAGAUGACAAUGUGAAAGAGAGCUGUGUGUGAAUUGAGCAGUCGGGACUGGAAACAAGCUCAUCUUCUCACACAGUGUGAACCUUUCAAGGAGAAGGAGGACAUUAAAGAAACAAGAAAGAACUGGUCACUCUGCUGAUGCCAUUCAAUGCAAUUCAAUGCACAAUUCCACUAUUGUAACAAGGCAAUGCCUCAGUUAGUUGUUGCUCAUUAGUACUGAUACUAAGCAUAAAACUUGAAUAUAGAUAGUGUUACAGUAUGACUUUGUGAAACUAGUGUUGUAUUUCUAUGUACUUUUCGGUUACUGAUUUUAAAAAAAAGCAUCUUUUUCCUUUUCAUGGCUCUGACAAUCCGUUGGUUAUUGAUUAGUUAUGGACAGUAAUUGAGUAUUAAUGGAUCAAUAACACCUACAGUAUACACACAAAUAUUUGUUUCAGUAUAAAAACUGAAAUAUUUACCAAAGUCCUGGCUUAAUCCUUCCAAUAAUUUCCCCAACCUCCACAAACCAGAUUUUCUAACAAAAUAUUUUGUUGUGAUUCUUAACAAGUAUUUAUUUACACAUGACAAGUAUACCUAGGUAAAACAUAAGUGUUUACAAAAUUAUCCCUCCCUUGCCUUAUUAGUGAAUUUGUAUAUUUCUAUAAUGACUAGAGUUUUCUUAUUGGUCAAUCAUCUGCAUUUUAUUUUUCAAUUUUUUUUGUAAAAUCUCUCCCAUGGUUUCAUUCCAAGCACUUUAUGCAGAUUGCUCUGGCAUUUUAUUGUUUAGAUUUUGUUUGCACUGUAAUAUCAGCAAGCCUUAUAUAAAAGCAAACAAAAACAUACAAAGCUUGGUUAUGACAGAGGUUUGACGUUGUAACUUUAAAGCCAUUUUUCAUAAAAAAGUAUUGCAAUACCAAAACAUUUUUUAUCUGAGAACGUAUUGUGUGGCUUUAUUUGUAUGUUCUUUUAAGUUUGUCAUGAUUUAAGUUACAAAAUAAAAUUGUGAUAACAUUGA